AUGGCGCAAGAUCGCUCUCAUGAAUUCUAUUUCAGAAACGACCAUCGUUUUCCACCUCCUCACGACUUAACUAUCCCUUCAUCACAAUUUCACAUCGACCAGCCCCAGGCAGACUUCGAAAUUCAUCCACCACCUGCAUACACUUAUCCGUAUCAGACCAGCCACGUCGUCCAUCCACGACCAUUAGGAGUUCCAGCUGGUCAAAUAUCGCACAAAAAACGUACCACAAUAGCAUGCACUGAGUGCCGAGCACGAAAGCGCAAGUGUGAUGGAGAAGAACCGUGCCAUCAUUGCGAGCUCACUCAGACUCCUUGUCUAUACAAAGAGGCACCCCCUCCGCCGAGAACACCUUCGAUAGCAAUGCUAGUCAAAAGUCUAUCUACUGCAAAUGAAACAUUGCAAGCAAUGAAGCAGGAUCUCGGAUCUUUGAAAGAUGACACCGUAGCGUUGAACCAGAGCAUCAAUGCUUCGUCACCACCCGCCCGCACGCUCAGUCAAACUUCACACGCGGUCUCAUCAUCGGAAGAUCCUGCGUCGAGCGGAUGGCCAACUAGACACAUCACCCCUGCCCACAUGCUCUUCGACGAAUGGCCGUCUAUUAAAGAUUUGUCCAGUGGUAUGGAUCCCAUGGGUCUCGAGCGAAACCGCAGGUUGCUUCACAUUUGGGAGGCUGGUAAGGGCUACAAUCAUAACACACUUGGACCUACAAGUGAUCCACGACGAGACAACAAUAGCGGACUAGGCCUAGACCAUAAGCCUGACUUGCAAUCUAGUACCGUCUGGAAACUGUACAACUCAUACAUCGAAACCAUUCACAAGUUGCAUCCUUUCAUGGACGAAAACAAUCUUAGCACAAUGAUCAGGGCUUUCAGCAAAAAGAAUAGCCCCGAUCUCAAGGAGAUUGCGACUCGCGCAAUAAUGGCGGAUGCACUAGCCAUGGGGGAGGGCUUGAAGAGCAAGUGGUAUGGCGGCUUGGAUUAUGAAAACCCGUUGUCUGAUGGUGGGAUGGAACGCUCAUUGAGCAAUGCGAUUGUCCUGCUCGUACUGGCGCUUGGCAAAGUCUGCACCCACAGCGAGCCAUUACCUGCGCCUCAGGAGGAUGGGGCGCAACACCCAAACGCUUCGAACGAUAAGCUUCCCGGAAUCGACUAUUACGCCAACGCAGUACGGAUCCUCGGAAGCGAGCAAGGAGGCAACUCACUGGGCCAUGCGCAGGCCAUGAUACUGGCCGCGCUCUAUCUGGAUCAGUUCACUCGCGUCCUGGAAAGCUGGAGCUGGAUUAACAGUGCUUGUCGUGUGUGCUAUGUGAUAAUCAAGGGUAAUCCGAAGUUUACUCAGAGUCUGGGCUUGAAGCAUAGUACCACUCUGCCCCUCAAGGAACGAAGCAAACUCAACUCGAUCAAGUGGGUCUACUGGACAUGCGUGCACCUCGAGUCUAAUAUUAUAGCUCAAAUGGUUUCACUCACACCUAGCAAGAUCACUGAUCUGCGGAGCGUAGUUGCAUAUCCUGAUGAUGUAGACGAUACCGUCUUCUUCUUCGGGUGUACUAGUAGGUAG